CAUACCCACAUAGUUCGUCUCUAUAUAUAUUUAUAUAUAUAUAUAUAUAUAUAUAUAUAUAUAUAUAUAUAUAUACACAACAUAAUUUUGUGCAUAAGUGUUAAUCGAAUAAACGAAAAGAUAAAGUUAAUUAGAUUCUCAUAGUUCAUUCGUAUAAAGGAAACAUAUAAGUGUAAAAUUGUGUGUUUUUUGUUUCUCAACCGUUCGUUUAUUGCGAAUUAAAUAAAUAAACGUGAAUAUAAACAAUUAAGGAAGUUAUACACGUACCAUACAUAUUACAUACAUACAUACAUACAUAUAUACAUACAUACAUAUCCGUAUAAACAGUGAGAAAAUGUCCGACGUAGAACAUAAAAUCAAAGAACAUUUCAAGGUCCUCGUACCUAAAUUGAUGAGUUAUCUGCGCGAUGAUUAUUACAAAUACGAGUACGAGUUGGAACGACCAAACGAUUCUAUAUUUUUCUCCGGUACAUUUUAUAUGAGGAUAAAAUUUUGGAUUAAUGAUAAUAACGAUGUCAAAGAUAAGAAUAAAACGAAUAAGAAUAAGGAGAAAACAAUAAUCAUGCGAUUAGUCGCAAAGACCCCAAUAACGACCGAGGCAGUGCAACAGUUAAUGAGAGCGAACGAUCAAUUUUACAACGAAAUUAUUUUCUAUCGUAAUUAUGCAACGGAGGGCGAUAAUAUUCCAAAAUGUUAUUACACCAACGAGAAUGAUCUCUUCGGAGCGACCUUGGUUUUAGAAGAUAUAACUACUAAAGGUUAUAAGAUACAUCCGAAAAAGGUCGAUAUACCGUUAGACGAUAUUCUUCCUGUUAUGAAAGAAAUCGCUAGAUUUCACGCAAAGGGAUACGUCAUGAAAGAGAAACAUCCCGAAAAAUUUGUUGGAUUUAUCGAAACAAUCAAGGAAUGCCGAUACGACGCUAACGAUAACGAUCCGAACAGUCAUUAUGUUUAUUUAUUAAAUCACGUUACCUGUAGGCCCAUAAAUUAUUUGCGAAAAAUUAAUUACGACAAUAAUUUUUGCGAUAAACUCGAGGAAUGUUUGAAAAACGCUUAUCGUAAAAUAUUAUUGAAAACUAUCGAACCAGUCGAACCAUUGGCGGUAUUAUGUCACGGUGAUCUUACGAUUAAUAAUAUGUUAUUUAAAAAAGAUGAGAAAGACACGCGAGUGAUGCUGAUCGAUUUCGCUUUAAUCCGAUAUGGAUCGCCUGCGAUCGAUCUUUCGACGUUUCUUUGUCUCUCUUGUUCGAAUCAAGUCAAAUGCGAGAACUUACCAAUAGUAUUGAGGACCUAUCACGAUGAAUUAACGAGAUGUCUAAAGGAGAACGGUCUUACGAAUUUAGAGAAAUAUUCAUUCGAAGCAUUUUGGAACGAUUACGUCGAACACGCAUUAUUUGGUUACACCGUAUGCUCUUACUUUUUACAUACGCUUAUGAACGAAGAUCUUCCGCCAUUACCCGACAUCUUGGAUAAGAAGAUGGAAGACUUAGCGAACAUAGUCAUCGAAUCUGGCGGUGAUAAAAUCACGAUAGCUUUGGCAAACAUUUUAAUCGAUUUGAAGGAACUCGGAUGUUUCAACAAAAUUUUGUCAUAAUUCUAUCGAAUGUUUCGAAAUACUAAUUGAUUGUUUGAUUAAGUGAUGAGAAUUAUGUGAUAAAAUGUGUUUGUCAAUGUAAUAGAUAACAAUGAGAGGGAGACGAUGAUAUCGAUAAUUGAUAAUAUUCCCGAUAUUUAUGUCCGUGAAGAAUUCUAGCGUCAAGAAUUUUUCACUGUGCUUGUCGUACUUUUUUAAGAUGUUUUCUUUUUUCUUCCUCUUUCUUUUUCUCUCUUUUAUUACUACUCGUUGAGAAAAAUGUUCGGAGCGAGUUUCACGAAGGGGAUAAUAAAAAGAAUAAAAAAGAAAAAAACAAAGACCAAAUAUAAUUAGAAUCUUUUACAAAUUUUUAUUAUAAAAAAGUAUCGAUAUUCGCCAAUCUUCUUUUUUGUCGCAGAGAAAGAUAGAGAGAGAAGGAAAA